GAUGACGUUAAAGCGGUCUCAAAAUGGCAGUGGAGGACUCAAUUGGAUACUGAAGGUUGUGAUGGGGGUUCGUUGUCGCUUCUCUCUUUAUAUAGGACUCUACUCGCGACGAAGCCUGUGAACGCAUUGACGUCGCAAUGCAAAAUUUGUACAUGUCUGCCAGCCAAUCACAGAAUCGGUCACGUGACCCCAGUUGACGAUUCUCUCUCCCUAGAGGUUCUCUAGUUCAAAUACAAUGGCACAAUGCGCCUCAAAAACUGCACUGAGAAUAAUAGACGUGUCUAAUUAGGAUUGCAAGGAAUAUGCACUUUCAGGGUACUCGGGCAGUAUCGCCUGAGCUCGGCGAGUUUCUAGUGCACAUUCUGUGCAUUCCAAAAACGCUACUAUUAACUGCAUUGGCCACGUGUUGCAGGAGUAUUUUAAACGCGACGGAAGAUCGGUAUACACGCAUACGAAAUAAUUUGACCUAAAAAGAUUUAUCAUCGCGAACCAAUAUGAAUCAGCAGCAGCAGCAGCAGCAAUCGCUGCCGCUUUCAGAAAUAGUUUUUUUCGUCACUCACGUGGAACCCGACGACAUAUACCUGAAGAUAUGGGGCCAGGUGGAUAAGCAGACUGCUACCGAAAUUGUGCAUUAUAUACGUCCUCUUACAGAACAGUUUAAUAGAUCAAUAAUCGGCACAGUGUGCUGUGCCAGAUUUCAAAACGAUGGUUUCUUUCGGGCGAAAAUACUCGACGUGUAUCCUGGCAACAGGUAUCUUGUGCAAUUUAUCGACUAUGGCAAUAUGGAGAUUGUAAUGUGGAAUGAAAUCUAUUUGCUGGAUAACAUUCGUGGAGCCAAACGUCUGCUAACUUAUCCGCCGAUGGCAGUCGAUUUUACAUUGCGUAAUGUAUUGCCUGUAAAUGGUGUUUGGGAAGAAAAGACGAUCGUGGCAAUUAAAAAGAUUUUAUGUUACAAUGAAUGCAGAGCAGUGGUGAAUGAUCGUUGCUUGAUUAAACUGUGGUAUUAUAAUGAAGAUUUCAGCGACCUGUUGGUAAAGGAACGUAUGGCUAUACGGGCUACAUCAGCGCCUUUGCAAGACAUGUUCAGACCGAAGCAUACGCUGCAGCACUCUCGAAUGCAGCUUCAACAAAUACCGUAUCAGCCACAGAACAAGGACAAUAUGAAUAACUUUGCAGCAAUGUCGAUGAUGCAAAGCCCUAAUAUGAAUCAUAAUGCAAUUAUACAAGGAAUGCAUCAUAAGACUUAUUCCCCUGAUUUAAAUCAACAUAAACAUGCUGCUCAACCGAUUAUGCAGCAUCCUCUACCGCCACAGCAUCCUCCGCCACUGCAGCAUUUUCCGCCGCGGCCUGUUCAAGUAGCGCUCAUGUUUGAAUCACAAACAUUAGAUGUGGGAUCGAUUCAUCACGUUUCUAUAUCGUACGCAGAAGACGGCCCGCAAAACUUUUGUGUACAGAUUGAAAUACAAAGGGAAGCAUUAACUCGACUUAUGAACGAGAUAAACAGGUAUCCAAAGCAACCGCUGCAGGAACCAUCAUUGUCAGGAUCGCUUUGCCUGGGACGCUACAAUGACGAAGGCUACAAGGUGAUGCGUCGAGCGAUUGUCACAUCUGUGAUGGAGCAUAAAUGCAAAUUACAUUACGUUGAUUACGGCAAUACGGAAGUUUUGCCGUACACGGACAUUUUCCAUUUGCCACCUGAAUACGUUGAUCCCAAGUCAUUUGCCAUUAAUUUCAAAUUAAGCGGCUUAAAGGAACUGGCAAUCUCACCUGAAAUGAAAAAGUAUUUUAUGCUACUAGUGCACAGAAGAUCUACAGGACUUAUUUUACAUGUCCAGCCAAAGGAAGAAUCAAGCUUGAUUCAGUAUGGUGACCUGUAUUUAAAUGGUUUGAAGGUAAAAGACAUACUGAAGGAAGUAUUUCAGGUAUCAUUCACGAUACCGAUAAAGUGUUCCUACUCACAAUUUCGAUUGACGAAAGAUUAUGAAGUUGUGCGCGUUUCUUACGUGGAGUCGUGUGAAAAAUUCUUUAUCCAACUUGAAAGUGAAAUAAAGCCUCUUGAGUCAAUAAUGGCCGACCUGGCACAAUAUGCAAAAGAUGCGCCUAGUUUAAACCUAACGCAACUAAAAGCAGGAAUACCCUGUGCCGCUCUAUACGAUUCGCAAUGGUACCGUGCACAAAUCCUUGCUAUUGUUGAAGACCAAGUUAAAGUAGUAUAUGUUGAUUAUGGAAACGAGGAGUUAUUAUCUGUAGUAUCUGUUCGCGCUAUUCGUGACGAUUUGGUAACGAAAUUACCUGCUCAAGCUAUACAGUGUGCACUGAAUAGCUAUGAAGUGCUCUCAUUGAAUCAAGAAGUGGCUAAUCAUUUCAAAAGAUUGACAACUGGGAAAAGUUUUGUCAUGAAAGUAGUGAAAACAAAAUUCAGUGACCUAUUAGUCGAUUUAUUCGAAUUUGACUCAAAGAAGAGCUUUCGUUCUCAAUUACUGACUAACUUGGUCUGCGAUAAAACUGACAAUUUUACAAGUUCACGAAAUGAAGAAAUUCAGCCUGUAAAACUAAUGAAUGAAUUCCAAAGGAAAGAUAAGGAUAAAUAUAAUAAAAAUAACAUGGAUUCUGAGAAUCGUAAUCAAAACACUAAGUUUAGAGAUUACCAAGACGAAAAAUAUCAAGACUAUAAACCAAAUUGGAGAGAUGAAUGGUCUCCAGAGAGACAACAAUACAAUAAUAGACGCGAGAGAAUAAAACAACUGUUGGGAUUUGGCGCCGAAGAAACCACAAUAUUCCAGUGUAAAGAAACUCCCGAUGAAAACGACUCGAUGCUCGUUCAAUUAACGAGAACAAAUCUAAACGGGACAAAUGGUAUUGACUUAUUAUUUGAAUACGAAAACAUUCCAGAAGUUAGACAAGAACCGAUCAAUCAAAUGAAUAAUCUGGAAUGUGUUAAUCAAAUAAUUGGGCAUGAAGUUGAAGCAAUAUUUAAUAAAGCAAUUAAUGAAGAUUCUGACAUAAACAAAAAAUAUAGCGAAGAUCGAGAAAUCGCGAGCUCCAGCGAAAUCGAAGAGAAAACAGAAGGCAAUUUUGAAGAUGUAGGAGCUGACUGUAUUUUAAAAUUGCCAGAAAAUGUCGCAUCUGCAAUAGCUAAAGUUUUAGAUGACUCCUCCAAUAAAAUUAUUCCUAAUGCAAAUACUUCCAUUGCAUCAGCUCAUAAAGCAUUUGUUGUACCGGAACUUAGCGUUGAAGACGUAAUUAAAAGCAUGAUAAUUAACACCGCCGAUGAGGUAGAAUCGCAAAAAAUCAUUGAUGUAAAUUUAUUAAAUGAACAUGAAGUACAGCAGAUUAUUGAUCAAACCAAUGCAAAUAAACUGCAAGAAGUACUUUCUCAAAUUCAAUCUAUAGAUAUAAAUGAAUCUACAGAUAUGCAGAUUUCAAAAAUCACUGAAGAUUUAAAAAUUAUAUCGGAGAAAAUUUCUGAAGAUGUAGAAGUUGAAUGUUAUUUAAAAUUGGAAGAAAAUUUUGCAGCUGCAAUGGCUAAAGAUUUACAUGACUCCACAAAUAAAAUUAUUCCGAAUGCAAAUACUUCCAUUGCAGCUCCCAAAGCAUCCGUUGUAACGGAACUUAGUGUUGAAGAAAAAAUUAAAAGCACGAUAAGUGUCGUCACCGACGAGAUAGAAUUGCAAAAAGUCAAUGAUAUAAAUUUAUUAAAUGUACAUGAAAUACAGCAGAAGGUUGCUCAAAUCGAUGCGAAUGAAUAUCAGGAAGUACUUUCUCAAAUACAACCUACAGAUAAAAAUAAAUUUUCAGAUGUGCAGAUUUUAAAAGAUAUUGAAGAUUUCGAUUGGGUCUAUAUCGGAUAAGCAUGUGAAAAUUGCACUUGAGGGGAUCAGAUCGGGGCUAGGAUCCUUAUUUGUAUUCUUCUAAAAUGUAUUUUUCUAAUAAACAUUUAAAGAUAUCUUGCCGCGUUUCAUAAUUAUCUGCAUUUUUAACUUACAAAUUAUAAAUGUAAAAAUUUCAUUAUUCAUAUUUAUUUGAAUGAACUUUGUUAUGAAGUGCUGUAGUAUAUGAAUUUUUCUUCAUAUCUUUCAUAUGUUAAUUUUCAAACUGCCAACUGUUCCAUGUAAUUGAAAUUCAAAAAUAAUCUUCAAAUUUCUUUUUCUGAUACGACUGCUGCGUUCUUUGGUUUUAUUAUAUAAAGAAAUCUUAUACUAAUUUUCAAUUGUACAUUAAAUAUACUUUUUUAUUACAUGAUAAGUAUCAUUGAAAAUGUCACUAUUUCCACAUAUAAUAUUAAGAAUUGUAUAUUUUAUAGAGAAAG